CCCCUCCACCCCCUGGUGAGGUCAGCCGGAGGCUUUGCUGCUGCGGCCGCAGCAGCUCGGCUCUUAUUUAGGGGAAGCCUGGAACGGGGACUUCUGGAAAGAACUGGAGCGCCGUUCAGGUCCAGGGUCCGCACAGGGCGAAGUGACCUGGGUCAGCAAGGGGUGCGGAGGUGCGGGUGCUGCUGCCUUACAGGAGGAGGGAUCCCCAGCUGCGCGGUGCCACUCCAGCUUUGACCCGUGGAGCAUAGAGCCAGAGGACAAGCGACAGGACCCCAGACGCGGCAAACCAGGUCAUUAUCCAACUUUUCGAGGUGAUGGAUCAUCAGCAUAGAGGGGAAUUGGUUGCUGCAAUACUCCGUAACCGAUCUCUGGUGGAAGAGGAAGACCAACACAUGAAAUUAUCCCUUGGAAGCAGCGAAAUGGGCCUCUCAUCCCAUUUGCAGUCUUCCAAGGCAGGAGCUACACGCAUCUUUACCAGCAAUACCCAUAGUUCUGUGGUGUUACAGGGUUUUGACCAACUCCGACUGGAAGGAUUGCUGUGUGAUGUGACCUUGAUGCCCGGAGACACAGAUGACUCCUUCCCUGUGCACAGAGUCAUGAUGGCGUCUGCUAGUGAUUACUUCAAGGCUAUGUUCACAGGUGGAAUGAAAGAACAAGAUUUAAUGUGCAUUAAGCUUCAUGGCGUGAGCAAAGUCGGUCUAAAGAAAAUUAUUGAUUUCAUUUAUACGGCAAAGCUUUCUCUUAAUAUGGACAACCUGCAAGACACACUGGAAGCUGCAAGCUUUCUACAGAUUCUGCCAGUUUUGGACUUCUGUAAAGUAUUUCUCAUAUCUGGGGUCACAUUAGACAAUUGUGUUGAAGUCGGACGGAUUGCCAACACCUACAACCUAACAGAAGUGGAUAAAUACGUUAAUAAUUUCGUCCUGAAGAAUUUUCCUGCAUUGCUGAGCACUGGGGAGUUCUUGAAACUGCCUUUCGAGCGUCUUGCCUUUGUGCUUUCCAGUAAUAGCCUUAAGCAUUGCACUGAACUUGAGCUCUUUAAGGCAACCUGUCGCUGGCUACGCCUGGAAGAGCCUCGAAUGGACUUUGCUGCAAAAUUAAUGAAGAACAUACGUUUUCCACUGAUGACACCACAGGAACUCAUUAAUUAUGUGCAAACCGUGGAUUUCAUGAGAACUGACAAUACUUGUGUGAAUCUGCUUUUGGAAGCCAGCAAUUACCAAAUGAUGCCCUAUAUGCAGCCAGUGAUGCAGUCAGACAGGACUGCCAUUCGGUCUGACACCACUCAUUUGGUUACACUAGGAGGAGUGCUGAGGCAGCAGCUUGUUGUCAGCAAAGAAUUGCGCAUGUAUGAUGAAAAGAACCAUGAGUGGAAAUCGUUGGCCCCCAUGGAUGCCCCAAGGUACCAACAUGGCAUUGCUGUCAUUGGAAAUUUUCUCUAUGUCGUUGGUGGACAGAGUAAUUAUGAUACAAAAGGAAAAACAGCAGUCGAUACAGUCUUCAGAUUUGAUCCUCGAUACAAUAAAUGGAUGCAAGUGGCAUCUUUAAAUGAAAAGCGCACCUUCUUCCACCUAAGUGCCCUCAAAGGAUAUCUGUAUGCAGUCGGUGGGCGAAAUGCAGCUGGCGAACUUCCUACAGUAGAAUGCUAUAAUCCAAGAACAAAUGAAUGGACCUAUGUUGCCAAAAUGAGUGAGCCCCACUAUGGACAUGCUGGAACUGUGUAUGGAGGAGUAAUGUAUAUUUCAGGAGGAAUUACUCACGACACUUUCCAGAAGGAGCUCAUGUGCUUUGACCCUGACACUGACAAAUGGAUCCAAAAGGCACCAAUGACCACUGUCCGCGGUCUGCACUGCAUGUGCACAGUGGGAGAAAGGCUCUAUGUCAUCGGUGGCAAUCACUUCCGAGGAACAAGUGAUUAUGAUGAUGUCUUAAGCUGUGAAUACUAUUCACCUAUCCUUGACCAGUGGACCCCAAUUGCUGCCAUGCUAAGAGGGCAGAGUGAUGUUGGGGUCGCUGUCUUUGAAAAUAAAAUCUAUGUGGUUGGUGGGUAUUCCUGGAAUAAUCGGUGUAUGGUAGAGAUUGUGCAAAAAUACGACCCAGAUAAGGAUGAAUGGCAUAAGGUGUUUGAUCUCCCAGAGUCCCUUGGUGGCAUCCGAGCUUGCACACUCACAGUUUUCCCACCUGAAGAAACUACACCAUCACCUUCUAGAGAGUCCCCUCUUUCUGCACCUUAAGUUCCUCACUGAAACUACAAUGCUGUAGUCCUAUCUUUGCAAUGUGUCAUGGAGUCUCUUCUUUUUUUCCCCUUUAGUAGUAUAUGUUAGAAUUAGCCUCCAGUAAUUGAUGCAGAUAUUGGGAAAAAAGAUAAUGUUGGUGUUUUUUGUGCUGUUUGUUUGGCUUAGAAUGUUUCUCAAGUGGCAACACAAACAUUCUGGACUGUAUCCCAUAGAAGCUAAUGUUUAACAUAUGAAAAAAAAUAUCAAGGUAUUGUCUAUAAAAUGUUCAUUCAGUACUUUUUUUGAUGCUGUGUACUGAGUGUAAGAUACUUGUCAUCUUACAUUAGAAAGCCCAAUAAGUCAAGUUGGAGGUGAAUUAUAGUUAAUGUACAACUGUGCUCACUAGGCUUCAAAGUAAAAGUUUUCCUUUCAUCUUUGACUGU